AUGGGUUCAAUUCGAGGCAAAGUUAUUGAGACAGCUUGGACUAAUCGAAAAGUUUAUCAAUUUAUUGAUUUAAGAUAUGCAGAGGCGCCCUCAGGCGUUUCUUCUUUCAAGAAUCCAAGACCAAUACCUUCUUGGAAAGGAAUCUACAAUGCAAUGGUUGAAAAAACUGGAUGCCUUUCAAUUGAAUCACUAACAACAAAAUUUCGCCACUAUGACAUUGAUAUGGACCUGGAAGAUUGUCUCACUAUGACAAUUACAACUCCAAAUAUUACAGGAAACUAUCCAGUUCUUGUUUAUAUUCAUGGAGAAGGCCUAUUCGAUGGAAGAAAUAAUGAAGCACCUCCUGAGUAUCUUUUAGAAAAAGAUAUUGUUCUAGUUACACCUCAAUACCGUUUGGGACCAUUUGGUUUUCUUUCAACCCUAUCUGAAGACAUACCAGGAAAUGUUGGUGUUAUGGAUAUAUAUUUAGCAUUGAAUUUUAUCAAAACUUUUAUAACAAGUUUUGGUGGAGAUCCAAAUAAGAUAACAUUGGCUGGACAAGUUGGUGGAGCAGCUAUUGCACAUGCCCUUACUUUAUCACCAAUUGUUCAACCUGGUUUAUUUCAUCAAGUUAUCUACCACUCAGGAUCAGCUUUAAGUCCUGUCUUUAUCGAUGACAAUCCUCGAGAUCAUGCAUUGGAUAUUGCACAACGAGCUGGAUGCACAAAUUUGACAACAUUAUUUGAUUUAGAUGAUUGUCUUAUGAGAUUGAAUCCUAUUCAACUAUUAUCCGCUUACAUUGAACAUGCUAGAGACAAUGUUCAAAAUGGUGGAAAUCAUUUCACAAUCGGAAGUCCAGUUUUACCAGUUCAUCCAACAGUUUUGAUGGCAGCUAUGAAGAAUUUUUCAUACCCAGCUAUGGGUGGUGUUCCGCGAAAUGCUGGAACUCUUCUUUUAACUCAAAUCUUUCAAGGCGACUUUAAUGGACUAAUUCCUGAUGAUGAAUACAAUGCUUUUGGCUAUAUCAAUCACGUUUUGGAACAGAUUGUCGGACAAGAUGAUAAAAUGAUUAUGACCAGUUUUGCACAUCAUGAAUUUUUUACUCCAGAACUCUUGGAGAAUGGAACUUUUAGUUCCUUAGUUCCUUCUUUGGUGGAUAUGGCUGGAACUCUCAUGUACAAGCUACCCGUUCUACUUGCCCUCAAUAUGAAUCAAAAAUAUCUCCCACAUCAAACAUUUCUCUAUUCAUUCGAUUAUCGAGGAGAAUUUAAUCGCUAUCCGGAUUUAGAUGAAGAAUUAAACAAUCAAAGCCCAUUCAAAGCUGGAGUCUCCCUUACUGACGAAGCACUCUAUUUAUUCCCCAACCCCGAUCAUGUGAAACAUCUCAAUCCAACCGAUACGUUAAUUGCAAAACAAAUGGUUGAACUAUGGACAUCAUUUGUUAUCAAUGGUCAACCAUCGAUGGCCUCUAAUCGUGGGGGAUAUUGGCCACCAAUGACAACUUUAUAUGGACCAUAUUUGAAGAUUGAUGAGACAUUAACUGUCGGUGGUAAUUAUUUCAAGGAAUUUACAGCAACAAGAAAUGAUCAUGAGCGGGGUAUUAAGCUGAUAAGAGAUAAUUAUUAUAAGAAGAAAGAAAAUGAAGAAGAAGAAAGAAGUAUUAUUAUUAUUGAUAAUUUAAACUGAGGAGGCCUACUUUUGGAAAUAAAUUUUUUUGUGAUAGAAAUAUCUGUUCUUGAUUUAUUAAUUGCUAAUUAAAUAAAUGAAUUUAUAAUUGGA